UGUUGUCAUUGUUGUCAACAAACGACUUGCGACGUCAACGGUUGCUACGCGAAGGUUAGAAAACUAAAAACAUUGGAUAAUUUGUUCAGAUACGACGAAAACUAAUUAAUUAAUCAGUAUUACAUUGAUAUAAUAAUAGUUUUAUGAGUUCCUAUAUAUUUUCGCGUUUCAUUACAUCAUGGAAGGACCGGGUAUGAGUCUGUUCCAAGGGGCCGCCAGCAUUCACAUUAACAACAGUGCUCAGGACAGGCUUGAGGAACAGGAGGAGAUCGAAGACCAGAAACGACGGAAUGAGGAGUUGAAACAUAAACUAGCAAAUGCUUUUGACGAUCUUCAAGAUGAUGACGAAGCGAGUUCAGUGAAUAGCAGUGGCAACUUUACCUUGGAUGCUCAAACUAAUGGAGGUAAUGGACAUCCAAAUCAUCCUAGGACUGGCUUGCCCCCAAGUUAUGUGGAUUCUCUUAACCACCUUAAAGAACUGCAGCACACUAGGGACUCGCCUAAUAUCCAUGAAACCCCAAAAAAUAGACACACUCAAGUUCAACACCAUGAAGACCCAGUGAAACUCCAGUUUAGCCCCUAUGGGGCAGGUGAUGGGCAAAACCACUAUUAUCAACAGGAAUAUAGGGGACAUUUGAAUGGAAUAAACAAUAUUGAUGCAAAACAAGAAUACAUGAAUAAUGAAAAACUUAAGGUGAUGUAUGAGAUGCGUGAAAAAGAAUGUCAACAGUUAGCAGCACAGAUGGAAAAGCUUGACACAGAAAUUGACAGUCUCCGUGCCAGACUUGCAGCUGCCGUCAAUGACAGGGACAAGUCUGAGCUGUCACUGCAAGAAGCACACCACUUACUGGCUUCCAGUAAACACAAAAUGAUAGAACUAGAACAACAAGUGAUGAGCCUCACGGAGAAGCUGGUGCUAGGCGAGCAGGAGAAGGAGCAAAUGCAGAUGGAACUGCGUGCUGCCAACGUUAGCCUACAGGAGGUGCAGCAACGGUUGCACACUUUCCAGGUUGCUCACACACAUGACACUGAUGCACUGUUUAGAGAACAGCAGGACAGACAUAGAGAGGAAGUCGAUAGACUGCACGCAGAUUUAGCAAAGGCUAAAAGCAGAUUGGAAGAGAAAGCAAGUGAAAUAAAAAUACUCGAAAAGCGGUGCUUAGAAAAAGACAAAGAUAAAGAGGAACUGUUGAUUGACAAAGGGGCAACUAUCAAUAGAUUAGCGAGUGAACUAGAGACGGCGCAGAGUCGACUGGUCAACGGCGAGACCGCGCGGUUAAAGGAGAAGGUAGCGCAGUUGUCCAGUGAGAGGAAUGUUGCCAGGGAACAAGUCAAGGAAUUAGGGUCUAAACUGGAGGUGACGGCACACGAGCUGGUACUCUUCCGAAGUAAGCUGGCCGCCAGCCAGAAGGAGUACGACAGCUGGCGCACCGCGCUACACCAGAUCCUCGUGGACUCGCUCCCAGAAAAUACAUAUCUAGGUGAACCUCCGUCACCUGGUAAAUUAUCGACGCUAAAAGAUGCUCUAAGUAGAUAUAAACAACAGAUUCACAAAGUUUCGGCGUUACAAGAGGAAAUCGCCAAAAGGGACAAAAAACUGGAACAGCACCGAAAGCAAGAAUCCGAGAUGCGAGCCAAAAUAGAGGAGCAGAAAGGCAUCGAGUUGCAGCUAAGCUCGCGCGUGGCCGUGCUUCAGAGCCAGUUAGAGUCGCUCGGCACCGGCGACGACAAGCUCAGCGAGCGCCUGCAGGCCGAGCUCGACCACGUCCGCGCGCAGCUCAGAGAUACGGAGCUGAAGUACACGGAGCUGGAGCUAGAGCACGCCAAGGCGCAGGAGUCGGUGGAGACGCGCGGGUCGCUGUCGGCGGCCGCGCACGCGGACGUGCUGCGCGAGCUGGAGCGCUGCUCGGCGCAGCUGCGCGCCGCGCUAGGCGACAACGCCGAGCUCAAGACUCUCUACCUGCAGGCUUGUAGUACGCGAGAUAGCGCGUCAAGAGAGCUAAAAGACGUCCAAUCUAGAAUACAACAAGAGCGGGAUCUAUACAAGUCACAAGAGAAAGAAUACGUGGAGAGGAUAGAAAAGGAAAGGCAGCAGUUGGAGAAGCUCACCGCGGAGCUCACCAGCUCGAAGGACGAGCUGGAGCGCGCCAACAGGCGGAUAUCGGAGCUACAGAAACAGUUCACUGACAAACAGAAAGAGUUUACUGACAAACUCGACAAAUAUCUUGAAGAUGAAAAAAGUGCAAUGCGAAAAGAAAUGGAACCUUGUGCGCAAUGUGAGAAAAAUUUAAUGCAAAUUCGCCAGCUGAAUGAGCAGCUUAGCAAAUGCAGUGUUAAAUUAGCUACCCAAGAGAGCAACGAAGCUCUGAUGCAGGAGUUAAAAGGCAAGGCGGAGUUCUUCCAGCAGUACAUUCUCGAGCGGUUCAACAAGCUGCGCGACCAGCGCUCCGUCGCCACCAAUACCGACCUCACCGACCACCCCAUCGAGCACAUGGUGCAGACCUGCGACGACGCCAUAGCGACCAAGGUAUGCUUCCAGCAGUACAACCUCGAGCGGUUCAACAAGCUGCGCGACCAGCGCUCCGUCGCCACCAACACCGACCUCACCGACCACCCCAUCGAGCACAUGGUGCAGACCUGCGACGACGCCAUAGCGACCAAGGUAUGCUUCCAGCAGUACAACCUCGAGCGGUUCAACAAGCUGCGCGACCAGCGCUCCGUCGCCACCAACACCGACCUCACCGACCACCCCAUCGAGCACAUGGUGCAGACCUGCGACGACGCCAUAGCGACCAAGACUGCUCUCAUGAUGAAAGAAAAAGCCAUACGAGAUCAAAUAGCAGAAAAGUUCACUCUAGAGAUGAAAACUGCGGAAAUGAACUGCGCGCGGCGGCUGAAAGAAAUGGAAAACGAGCAAAUAACCACCGUCACUAAACUAAAGGAGCUGUUAGAGAGGAAAAUGCAGGAAGUAGAGACCCUCAAACAGUUCAUAUUGACAGAGAGAGCCAAGGUGUCGCAGAUACUCGAGUCGAAAGAGAACGAAAUAUCCGUGUUGAUAAGGGAACAUAAUGCGAUACAAGCAGAAUGUGAAAAAACUAGGGACAUCCUCAAUGAGUGGAAGAUCAAGGCCGAGAAAUACGAGAAAAAGAUACAGCGGUUAGAUUUACUUAAACAAGAAAAAGAGGAGUUGGAACACAGUCACAGUUCUUGUGAAAAGGAAUUGAGAAAUGUGAAAAGUAAAAUAAAUAGUUUACAAAGAAAAGUAGCUACUUCAGAGCAGAGUUACGAAAGCUUGCAGGCCGAGCACCGAACCUUGUUGGAGAAGUACAAAAAUGCUAAAAAAACUAUAAUGACUCAUAAGGAAUAUAUAUCAAAAAAAGACGCCCAUAUUAAUAACGAAUUUAACAGAAUUCAAGAUGAGUACAGAAAAAUCUUCUUGAAAAUGCAAAGUCAGAUAACCUAUCUUUCCAACUGUCGGGUACAGGAGGAAAAAACUAAUGGAAGACCCGCUACGCCCACGAAUCACUAUGAGUUUGCAGAAAAAAUAAAUAAGUUGACCAAGGAGUUCGCAGAGCUCACUCAGUCUACAGCUGCGAUGACCAGUCACUAUCCGGAUGCCAACAAAUGAGACUCAUUGUUAAGGUAUAACGAAUCAUAUUCAGUUCAGAUAAUUGAAAGAAAGAGAUAAAAUGUAUUGCAAAUUUUUGUGAUAGAUUUUUCGGUGAAUUAAAAGUAACAUUCGAGGUCAUAAUUCAGUGUAACUUAAAAAAAACUUCUUAAUUAAUGAUUGCACGGAUAAAUUCUAUAUCUGGUUUAAUUUAUUGCCCGUAUUGGAUUUACACACUGUAUAAUUGUAUAUCACCUCUCAACUAAUGUUGCCAGUGUAUCAUUGUCACUUAAUUUAGGGUUUUUUUUAAUUCUUAAAUUACCCCGUUUGCGUUUAUAUAAUAAUUCCAACACAUUUUACGUUUCAUAUACGUACGUAUGUAUGUAAGACUUCCAAUACUGGGAUCCCGUCUUUUUAAACGCCUUUUUCAAUACCUGUAUUUUCAAAAACAAGGAAAAUAUGCAGUAUAAACCCUUUAUAUCCAUUAGAAUGAUCAUAUUCGGCUGUGGCUGUCUGUACCAAGAAGCUUACUAUACGUCAGACGCUCAGACGCAUCUAACUGGCAUCGAGCCCUCAUUUUAUUAUUAAAACAAGAUCAUCGCCUAUGCGUCAGAUAAAUAUUUAAUGGCUGGUGGUGGAUGAAUAUGAUGCUAGUGACAUUAAUAUAAUUAGCUCUUAAAUUUUUAUCAAAAACUGAAAAGUAAAGAGCAAGGAACCACCAAAUUUGAAAUUUUUUUUUUGGCAAUUUUGGACAUAUCUGGUGUUAAAGUGAGCCUUUUUAAUUCCCCUUUUUAAUAAAAGUUUUAUGACCUAGAUAUUUUUUUAGAUAAAUUAAUAAUUUGCUACAUACAAUACAAUAAAAAAUAUAAUAAUAAAAUGUUAUGAGUAAGCUAUUGAUAUGCUGUGCCCUUACAGGGUCCAUGUGAGACAUUGUAUAUUAUAAUUUACAUAUAUACUGUACCAUGGUUGCAAUAAAGAAUUAUGAAUUAUGACAAAACUAUAAAUUUUUAGGCGAUUCAUAUUCAAUACCGGGAUCCCGGUAUUGAUGAGGACAGUUUCGAUAUUAAUACCGGUAUUGUGAGAAGUCCGGUAUUUGGAAGCCCUAUUACAGACGCAACGCACAAAAAAAAGGCAAAAGUAGGUACCCACGAGUUACUUUGUAUUCGUCCGAUUUGUUUGUUUUUGGACAAACAGCCUUUUCACGAUAAGACUUCUUGUCCGACUAGUUUAAGCUAGUUAUUACGAAGUAUUUAAGGUUUAAAGAUAUUGUUUAGAACAAUAUCUGGCUCUGUUAGAAACAGAAUCUGCAUGAAGUCAAGCUUCAUUUGUCAAGUUCAAGCGCACUUUUUUAUAUAUGGCAAUCGACCUAAAUGUGUGCUAUGUGAUUUAGGUCUCCUUUGACCGACAAAGACGUCAACUGACGUGCUCGGUUACAGUGUAAUUUCAACCUUUGUGCAAUCCGAUAAGGCGCAACAAUGGCGCGUUGUGUAGUUUGCGGCGUUCAAAGGAUUAAAAUAAUUAUCACAGACUGAAAAUCGAAAUCAGAAAUGAAAAAUAAUGUCUUGUAAGUAACAAAUGCCGCCGAGCAGGCUCGAACCAGGAUAAACGCGCAUAGCGCAGCUGGCGCUAAAAUCUUUUAAGGUCAUAACUGACAGGUUAGCUUAUAUGACUUCGUAUUCAAGGUUUGAGUUUUAAACAUAUACCAAUGAGGGCUAUCGUUUUUUUGCUCACCAGUUGGCGCCUCUGUUGACGGUGGUCCAAAAUACUAAAGAACAGCUGUCAGUCAUUGAAGUGACAAGUGACAUUUGACAUUUCGAACUAUGGAAAAGACCACCAUCUACACUAGCGCCCCUAGCGGCGAAUUCAUACACGUUAGCCCUCAUUUCUUGUAUAUGGAGUUAUUGUUUGUAAAUUGAAAAAUAUAUUUUGAGAAUUUUAAUUCAUAACAUAUAAUUAUCUAAUCUAUAAAAAUGUGGUUCAUGACAUUAGCACUACGACAGCAAAGACAACAAUAGUGUUGGUUGAAAACUAUUUCAAGCUCCCUCUGUAGUGAGCGAGAGGCAGUUUUCCCCCAUUAAUGAAUCUGUCUACAUUAUAUUAAUUACUGUGACUUUUAUGAGAAACUUGAAGGUGUUAGGUAUAAUGUAUAUUUGUAUAAUUUAACAAAAGUAACUGAAGAACCAUCGUCAACAUUUUUAUAAACCAACAAUUCGUGAACCUUAUUGCAUAAGCCAGCGGUCGGCAGCAGGCGGCCCGCGAACCUGUCACUUGCGGCCCGCGAGCCUAUUGGCAAACGACAAUGUCUAAUAAAGUCACAAAUAUUAACAAAGUGCGGCCCGCAUCAACUUCGUUAACUACCAUGUGGCCCUUGGCUGCUAAGAGGUUGCCGACCGCUGGCAUAAGCUAUAAGGUCCACCAUUGGUUAGUUAAGAGUGUUACUGUUAAAACAUGGACUGAUAUAUGUUAGAUGUGAUUAAAAGAGUAAUAUUCCAUGCAAGUAAUCCUGUGAUAGUCAACGCUAAGUACAAUGUAAAUAUACUUAUUAACGUAUUAGUAUUAAUGAAGUGCCAACACUCAACAUUCCUUUGGAUUCCAUGCUCACUAUAUGUUUACAUGCCUUUAUCGUAGAUACUGCCUAUUAGCAGAGUAAAAUAAUAAUGAUGAUGACAUGACGUUCCUUUUUUCAAUAAGUUUUAUUAAUUAUCGCUCAAGCACUGUUGUAUUAAUGACUUGUUUUAAUUAGUAUUAGGAAUUUUAUGAUGUAUUGUUUCUAUUAUGUGUUAAAGGUCUCUCUUCUCUUGAAUAAAAGUGAUACUUU